AUGUCAAGGGAGAGCAGCGCUGAUCCAGAUCCAGAGCAUGUCGAAGAGGCAGGCUCUGACGACGACGAGCUUGCUCGCGAGCUGGAACUUGAACGUCAGAAGCUGCUCGCCGCAGCUGCCUCACAGACAAAUGCCAAUGGCAAUGGCGAUCGCUCAGACAGUCAAGAGUACAUAGACGACGAAGAAGACGACGACGAAGGCGAUAUCGGCGGAGAUGCUGCGCAAGACGAAGACGACUCAGGGGACGAGUGGAGACCGCCAGAGCCGGCAGUGAAAGCUACGAGAAGGAGCAAACGCCGUCGAGCAUCGUCCAGCUCGCAAGACAGCGACCAGAGUGCAGCACACGAACCAUCCGAUGACGACCUGGCACCCGCCACCAAGAAGCCGAAGAAGACUGCCAAGCCGAAGAAGACCUCGAGCGCCAAGUCUGACGAGAAGGUACGCAAGCCAAAGGCAUCCGCUGCUGGCAACGCAUCCGAGGCGGAAGCGAACCAAGACGCCGAAGAGUACGACUCGUUUGAUGAAGAGGCCGAGCGAGUCCAGGCCGAAGUAGAAGCCGCAGCGGCCUGGGCUGAUGUCCGCAAACGCAAGCAAGCCGCACAGUCCAAGUCAUCGGCCAACGACUCGACGACCCAGCCAUCGGCCGCAUCAUCCGCCACCAAACCUUCGGCCGCACCCUCCCUCACCGCCUGGCUUGGCAAGGGACCAUCCGCGUCUUCGUCGGUCUCGGAGCUCGCGGCCUCUCUGCCGAUGCCCACCACCUGUGCAGCUGCGCAGAUCGUCGAUCGCAGCUCGCUCUUUGUCGGCUACGUCUAUCCACUCACGACCGCGUCGUCGGCAUACAUCUCGGCGCUGCUCUCGCAUCUCACACGCGUAGUCCACCCCACCGUGCCCGUCGACCUCUUGCCGCCUCAAUUUGCCAACGCGCCCGCGAACAAGCGCGGCUCGUCGCACGACAUGUACGCAUACCGCGUGCUCGAGCUCAAGCGCGGCCGCACGGGGCUUGCGGGCCCAGACGACUUCUCGCUCCAGGAGGACAAGGAGGAUGACGGCGAGAGGUGGGGUGGCGACCGCGUGCUGCGUGUCGCACGCGACGAGGGCGCCUCCGACGUCCUCGUCGUCGUCAGCAGGUGGUACGGAGGCGAGCUGCUCGGUCCGGUGCGUUUCGAGCACAUCGAAAACGCAGCCAGAGCCGCACUCGAGGAGCACAUGGCCAAAGAAGAGGUGGACGAGUUCAGGCAGAGGAUUCAGCAUUUGGAUCGAAAGAUCGCUCAGGCGAAAGCGGGCGCAGGGGGGAAUGUUGAGGAUGCGGACAUCGUGCCAGACUAUGCAGAUCUGACGAUCGAAAGGGCGCAGAGGCUGUGGUUGGCGCGACAGAAGGCGUUGGAUGCACUGCUGAAACGCGUAGCCUCGCAGGCGCAGCAGUCGUCGCAGCCGGCCACGAGUCAGCAGGACGAGCAGGCAGAGACCAACACCACAGAAGAACAAGAUGAAGAUCCUGCGGGACACUCUCCACAAGCAUCCGAGCCGGAGGACAUAGCAGCUUCGUCGCCAUUGGGCCAGCCUGAAGCACCAGCGCCAGACGAGGCAGCGACGGGACGGCCAACGGCGUCCAAGUCAAGCCAGAACCCGGCAUCAACACCAGCCAAGCCCAAAUCAAGUCGGAAGCCGUCGAUCCCACUGCUGCGCUACGCAUCAAGCCCGACCCAGACGCCGACUCAGCCCUCGAUCCAGGCGACACCCAAGAGCAAGCCCAUCCAACCGGCUUCACUGUAA